AUGGGGACGAAAUGGUUUCCCGGCGAGAACGUCGGCAUCGGGAAAGACCAUACCCUCUACGCUCUCGAAUACGGCUAUGUGCGCUACUAUCGCGAUCCCCUGAAGCAUCCCAAGAGACGCUACAUCGGCGUGGCGUUGGAGAAAGAAGGACCGAGAUCUCAGCUUCCCACGCCACGCAAUGCACCCUCCCGCAGACGACUGGGGAUGUACGCGACGCCCAUGAAACCCCUACCAUCGGCCGAGUCUCAAAUCUCAGCCGACGAAUCGUUCCUCGAGGCCCACUUGAGCCAGAGCAGCAAGCAAACGCCGUUCAAAUCCGCUCAGGGAGGAGCAAUCAUUCCGCAAGCGGCCGCGCCUCCUCCGGUAUUCAACCGCCAAGGGACAUAUCGGGAGGCAAACGCAUCGAUCGGCUGGGCGGCCGAGAGGAAGGGGGUUAAGGUGCGCGAGUACGAUCGCAGCGACCGGUGGCUGGCGUGGAAGAAACGGGCGCUCCGAGUGAAGAGGGGCAUGGAAGCCAAAGCAGCCAGAGCGAUGAGGAAGACCAAGGGCAAGAAAUCGAAUAAAGGACAGAAGACCGCCCAGAAGAAGAAGUGA